AUGUCGUUGAGAAGAUCCCAGCGGUUGAAAGAUUUGAAAACUCCCAAAGCGGCUAUAGAUGCAAAAGCACGCUCAGAGACCGCGCGUGUCAGUGAGCAACGCGUACAAGGCCGCCGGCGGGGUGGCCUCAAACUCAAGGACAUGUUCAGCGACAUGCCGACGGAUAUAAUCCAUGAGUCAAGGCUCGCUAUUCUGACGACACCUGCCGACGUAUACUUAGGUUAUUUCGUAUCUUCCGCCACAAACCUGCUCAGUCUUUCGCGGAUUUCGAAGACUUUCCACGCCUUCCUGUUCAAGAAGAGCUCCGCCGACUAUUGGAAGCGGGCCUUAAAGACAAUUGAGCGCGCACCGCCAUGUCCUCAGUGGCUGAUUGAGCCAGCGUUCAUUGCGUUGAUUCUCUUCCCUGUCUGCAUGGCAUGCGGGAAGAAAAGGCCUGCGCCAGUGUAUUGGGCAUUCUUGAUGCGCAUUUGUGAUUCUUGCAAGCCGCGGCUUGUGAUAGAUCAGUACGAGCUUCUUGACAGCGAUCGCAUCUGUGCUAUCCCUAGAACUAUUCUCAAUCUGGGCCGGGUCACUCGGUACGGCAGAGCAUACUGCCUCCGCGAUGAAGCCCGGGAAGCCAUCCAUGCUUGGAAGACGUUUUCAAAGGACGAAGACACGGAAGCAUUGGACAGAUAUAUUGAAGAAAAGUCUGAACGCAUCAAAGAGUUAUCAGAUUUCCAAUCAUUAUGCCUGGUUUGGCUCGAAAAUGAGGAGGCUUUGCGCGCGCGUGAACGGGACCGCCUGCAAAAAGAACGUUACCAGUUCAUCAUCUCUAAGCUCCAAGCGCUCGGUUUCGAGCCGGAGCUGCAAAGGCUGCAGCAAAACAGAAUGACUGUUUUGUCCAAUCAUACUCUUGUGCGAGUACCUGAGCUCUUGACGGACCGCAGCUGGCGAACUAUUCAGGGCGAGCUGGUGAAGCUUAUGCAGAGCCUUCGGACAUCCCGUCUGGCCUACGAAGCGGAACUCGAGAAAAAGAGUAAGGCGACAGCGAGAAAGCGAACGUUGAGAAAGAGAACAUGAACUCUGUAGCGACUUCAUUUGACCGAGCUCAAGCUGAGGAGCUACAACAUCAUGCUAUGCUUAUCACCUCGGGAUACCGGACCUCACAUUAUUCGUGGACAACGUUGCCACUGUUGUCGUGCACAUAAUCUCGUGUAUCUUAGUUGUGCAUUAGCUUGCUUGCGCAAUGCGAAAUGCCAUGCAAUGUG